GCAUUUACCUGCUCCUCGAGACGCAGGGGUGUCCAUGAAUGGGCGUAUGUUACUCCACCUAAAAGGAUAUAAACAAAUCUGCGAACUGCUAGUUGAAUAAAGAAAGUUUGUGUCGUUUUAAUGGUAGUCCAGGACAUGUACUAAAACAAACAGUUCAAGUUAAACUGCACAGCCACAUAAGUUUUCUUUUUGUUUGCCUUAAGUUGUCGUCAGUCGUCGUCCAUAAUGGGAUGUUGUACCAGCUCAGAGAGCAAACCAAACUGGAAACCACUGGAGGAGCGCAGCUGCACCGACAUACCAUGGCUCAUCGUAUUUAUACUUUUUUGCAUCGGAAUGGCAUGUAUUUGUGGUUUUGCCAUCGCCACUGGAGCUGCAUCCAGGCUUAUCUCAGGAUACGAUAGUUAUGGCAACACCUGUGGUCAGAGGAACACCAAGAUAGAAGGGGUAGACCUCAGUGGCAGGGAUAUGAGAGAAAACAAGUAUGUUUUCUUUCUACAGCCCUGCAACUUUGAUAUGAUUAACAGGAAAUUCAGAUCCAUUUCCUUGUGUGUUUCCCAAUGUCCUGCCACUGAACUGCUGACCUACAAUGAUUUAAAGCAGUUUGCACUAAAUAAUGGGUCUGAACUCUGCACUUACGACAUUACACCUACAAGAUAUGCUAGCCAUCCAGACCGCCAAACUAAGUGUCCCAAACUCCCUGUUCCACCAAGUAAAUCGGUCCUAUUGUUCCAUCGCUGUAUCCCUCUUGAUAUUGCCUGCUAUGCUGAGUUCAUAAAGGCAUUUGUCACAUUUGUCAGUGACAACAGUGUUCUGCACCGGGUUACUGCUGGGGUGAUGGCCAGCAAGGAGAUCAUCAUGGGUCUUUGUGUGCUCGCUUUAGUUCUCUCCCUGAUCAUGAUGGUUGUCAUCCGUUACAUCUCCAAAGUACUGGUGUGGAUCCUUACAAUCCUGGUCAUUGUUUGCUCUAUAGGUGGGACAGGCGUCCUCUGGUGGCUGUAUGUGGACCAUAGGAAUGCUCUUAACAAUAACACCCCAUCAAUAUUUGGGAAGGAAGUGGCUGAAGAUAAUGUAAAGGCUCUGCUUGUGUAUGCAAUAGGUGCUACAGUUUUUACGGUAAUCCUUCUGAUUGUGAUGUUCUUCAUGAGGAAGCGUGUUGCUCUCACCAUCGCCCUGUUCCAUGUGGCCGGUAAAGUGUUCAUCCAUAUUCCCCUGCUGGUCCUCCAGCCUUUCUGGACCUUCCUCUGCCUAAUGCUCUUUUGGGUCUACUGGAUCGCUGUGCUUCUCUUCCUUGGAACUGCAGGAACCCCGAUUAAGAACAACGCCACAGAUCUGGUUGAAUAUAAAUUGCAAGGGCCUCUGCAGUACAUGGUGUGGUACCAUGCUGUCGGUCUCAUCUGGAUCAGUGAGUUCAUUCUUGCCUUCCAGCAAAUGACAAUCGCUGGGGCUGUGGUCACCUACUAUUUCACAAGGAAUAAAUCUCAGAUGCCAGCAACUCCCAUCCUUUCUGCUAUGGCACGUACCCUUCGUUACCACCUGGGCACUCUGGCCAAAGGCUCCUUCAUCAUUACACUGGUUAAGAUACCUCGUCUAAUCCUGACAUAUAUCCACAGUCAGCUCAAGGGAAAGGAAAAUGCGUGUGCUCGUUGUAUGCUGAAGGCUUGUGUCUGCUGCUUGUGGUGUCUCGAGAAAUGUCUAGCGUACUUGAAUCAAAACGCUUACACUGCAACAGCCAUCAAUAGCACCAGUUUCUGCACCUCAGCUCGUGACGCCUUUCUUAUCCUGGUGGAGAAUGCCCUCCGUGUGGCUGCUAUCAACACUGUGGGCGACUUUGUCCUCUUCUUGGGCAAGGUGCUCAUAGUUUCCUGUACAGCGUUUGCUGGUGUCCUAGCCCUGAACUACCAGCGGGAGUACACCGUGUGGGUCUUACCUCUCCUCAUAGUCUGUCUGUUUGCAUACCUGGUGGCCCACUGCUUCCUCUCUGUCUUUGAGAACGUGGUUGACGUUCUCUUCCUCUGCUUUGCUGUGGAUACAAAGUAUAAUGACGGCAGCCCUGGGCGUGAGUACUAUAUGGACAAGGCCUUAAUGGAAUUUGUUGAGAACAGUAAGAAAAUGGGACUGUACAAGCCAGGUGACGGAGAUGGACGAGAGAUGAAGCCCAUGACACGUGGAGGGACCCUAGCUUGACAAAUCAACAGAGUGGAAGAAAAAAAACUUUUAAAACUUAAACCACUAAAAGGUGCUCUGAAGCUUAGCUCUUACACUGCAGGGACAUCAUUAAAAUAAUCAAUGCAAAAAGUUCAGUUUGAGCAAAGGAUUUGCAUUGAGAUUUAUUUUUCUGAAUUAUUGGCAUCACAGAUAAAAGUUUAACACUAAGAAAUGUAAUCUUGUAAAAGCAUGUUUGAACCUGUGUUUUAUUAUUACAUUGUAUUUUUGUUAGUUUUGUUUUUAUAUAUUUUGGACAUUUCCAUUUUUAAGUAAGGAUGCUAAACAUUUUAACAUGGUUUAACAUGUUUGAUUUUCUUCAUUGUAAAAGUAGUGUUAAAUUGAAACAGUUUGGUGUACAUUUUAAAAUGGAUGGCUAAUAUAACUGUCUUUGUCCAAGACUGUUCAACUUGUUUUUGAAUUUUAUAAAUAAAUGUAAAAUUACAGUU